GUACAUCGCUGUAAAUACGAAUGCCGAGACGACGUUGCCUACUGAAAAUAAUCACGAGAGAGAAGGGACGCGAUGCAAAGCCGUGUCUUCGUUCGUCGCACAUCGCGACGCCACAAAGGCGAUCAACGGGCGUCGGCGUCUCCGUAACGGCGAUCUCCUUCGAUCCUGUUUUUCACAUAAAGGCUCUUUUAAUAUUAUCAAUAGGUAUAUGUAAGCAACAUGUUGCAAAUUUUUUGUAUGUCGAGAGUGAAUCGACAGAUUUAUUAAUAUCAGUUGUGAUUCCAUCGUGAUUUUUGAUUUUGGUUACAAAAGAAGUUCUCAAGAAGAAAAGUAAAACAUUUUUAGGCGUGGCAGAUUCGUGGUGCAUCAGAGUAAUUUCAAAAAUAACAUUCGAACAUAUUCGUGAAUAUUUGUAAUCUUUUUAUGUUUCUAAGACAAGAUGCGAUAUUCAGGAUAUUUAAAUCGUUACUAUUUUUGAUAACAAAAAGACUGUUUUACGUAACUAUGAGCGAUAAACAUCCUACGAGGAGGAAUUGGAUGGAACAAAGAGCUUGUAAAUGAUCCGAUCAACAUCAAGAGCCAGCUUUGAAAUUCGACUAGUUGAUUAAACAUUGGAAAGAGUCGAAAGGCGGCGGUGAGACUACACCGAAGGCACCUUUCGGACGUCGGUGAUGAUUCGCAGAUUCAUACUGUUCCAUCCACACAUUGCAAGCAUAAACAGUGUCCGAAUAAACCAGAUUCUAAACUGAUUGUAAUCAUUUGGCACGAACUUGAUCGUUUCUUCGGUUUUGCCAAAUAUAAUUAAAAGAAUCGAUAAAACUUUGUGAAUCGGAGAAGAUUUGGCUAAAAGUCGUUGUUGAUUCAUGGAUCGACGGUACUGACCUCGGAUUUCAACGUGUGUACAUAUAUAUUUUAACAAAUUGAAAUCGUGUCGUUUGUGCAAAAAUGGCGAAGAACGGUAGACCCAUAGUUGAAGAAUGUAAUAUUCAAGAAUUUGAUAAAAGAAUGCGAAAGCAUAACAGAAUCAAUAAGAACAAGGAAAGAUUCGAGGAAACAAAUUUACCGAGUCCACCACCCGAUCCUUGGACGUCUCCGAGAUGCUCACAAGCCGUUCAUAAUUUAUCCGUAGAACCACCGCAAGAAGAAGACGACAUCAUUGCUUAUUUAGCGGGUAUUCGUACACCACCACCGUGCGAUAGUCGAAACUCUGAUUGUUUAUCAAGGAAUUCAGCGACAUCGACAAUGGCUGUGGCGAGUAUCUAUACGGAGGAAUCCUUCGAGCAACUGGACAGGAUCUACGAAAUGGCGGAGCAGAUACUGGAACUCCGCGAUCGUAGUUCGAAACUAUUCAAACGUGUCAGAGAAUUAGAAAGACUAAAGGUAUUGAGAACGGCGGAUUUGCGUGCGGAGAGAGCAAUUUUUGCUAAUAAAGACAUAAGUAGUGAUUUACCAGAUGAGGAUGCUGGCUUUGCCGAGUCUUUAUUGGACGCAAUAAUAUCGAGCAGUCGAGAUUCCCAAUUUCAAAGACGAAAUCCGAGGUCACCGUCUUCUUCGAGACAAAGAAGUCGAUCGCUUGCCAUGUCUGAACAAUCUUUACCACGAUCGCCAAAUCUGGGUAACCGUUCGGCGCUUGGUAUAGAGAAGGCGAUCUUCAGGAAUGAAAAUUCUGGUGUACCGAAAGUCUCUAAAUGGACCAGAGUAAAGGCUGCUUUUAAGUGGGAGAGAGCCUGUCCCAAUGAUAUGACAGAUUCAAACAUCGAACAAACAUCAACGACACCGAGCACACCAACUACGAAGUAUCUUCGAAUUCCAGAUAUUGCAUCUGGGAAUUGGUCCUGUACCGGGGAACUCUCAGGACCCUCCACGCCACUCGGCCGACCCUCUUCAGCUUUUUCUUCCAGCGAAGAUGUAUUUGAUCGUCAGCGAAAAUACAUAUCCGACUCUACUGAUCGACGAAUAUCCCGAGCGAAAGAAAUUCCGAAAAGAAACGAAUCUACCGUAUGCAAUAAAUCGCCCGAAGAUGACGUUACCGUGACUAUCGAUGACGACACUGUACAGAAUGCGAGCGAAAUACGUGAGACUAAUCAAGAAAAACCACUAAUUCGAAUCACGACGGAAAGCAGUUCUGAACCCCAAGUCAAUAUAUCUAAUUCGAAAUCUUCAUCGAGUUUUGAUAAGGAUGCAGAAGCUACACUUAAAAAGCCGACACCGACUUUAACUAUCACAAUACCAUCUAGUGAAGAGGAAUUCCGAAACGUUUCUUCGCCGGAAUCUACUUCGCCACUUCCUUCCAGCACGCUUGACUCCGGUCAAAGUUCACCGCAUCAAGUAAAGGCUCGUCAAAGUGCUCAGAAUUUGACGGAAUUUAAACGACAGCGAUCUAUUGUGGAGGAAUCGUCGGCUUCAAAAAUUCAGAGAAUGGAUUCUAAGUGGAACAAAGUUAGACGGGCUUUUCUAUCCAACACUGCUUUCAGUGUCCCACCAAGUCCAGUGAGAGUAAUAGCUAGACAAUCCUUUCUUCAGGAUGAAUCAGAAACACCUAGAGCUCGUAGUUGCAGUGGCAGUGUAGAGGAUUUAUCUAAGAACUCCUUAAUUUCAAACACUCAGCUGGAAACUCGACGAGAUUAUCAAGCAUUGCGCGAAAAGCUUGGAGCUGAAUUUCAUCAAAAACUAAUAGAAUGGGAACGAUUAAAGAGAUCUACGGGAGGCAAUACGAGAAGCACUCGAGAUGCAUUUACUCCCAGCAAUGGAACAACACCAAGUAGUCCUCACGAAAGUUUGCUUUUGGCGGAAGAUAGACUAGCUCCAGAAUUCAAGAAGAAACUUCAAGAGUGGAAACGGUCGAAAAAAGGACGAAGAGCGAGUGCUUCCACAGAAUCCCAACGAGUUAAUCGACGACGCUUAACGGAUUGGCAGCUCUGGCGGUAUCCUUCAAAACCGGAAACGAAAGCUCAGGAAGUGAUGGGUCCUCGUCGUAGCUGUGGAAGCGUUGGUAGUACCGGUAGCAUUGGAAGCGAUAGCAGACUUCACUUGUGUGAGGAUUUUGUAAAAAGAAUGGAAGCCUGGAGAAGACUUAGUGAGGCAUCGAGAAGACCACCAUCUGCUCGAUUAGGUUUCACCUCCGGUAUUGUGGACGAGACAGAAUUUCUUACUUUGGACAGAAUUCUCUCAGUUUUUGGAAACAUCGAACAGGAAACUCAGCAGGAUAGUGAUUGGUUUGAACGAAGAUCAAAUUUGACCGAAAAAUCGCAAAAUUUUAAAUCUGCUAAUGAAAUCUUAAUCCGGACAUCAGUUGGUUCCUAUCGCUUCGAAGGUAUAUCUCAAGAAUUUACCAGGAAAUUAUAUGAUUGGGAAAAGUUCCGUGGCAUAUCCCCGAGAUCUUCAACAUUUCGUUUAUUAGGUCCGGCUUAUGCAUCUCUUAUAGAAACGGUGAACGAUUCAACGACAACUGACGUCGCAACUACAGCAGAUGAAGAGGAGGCUUUCCUUGGUGGUAUCAAGAGAUCUAAAUCGCUCGGAAGUGUCGUCGAAGCUAGCGAACGUACGCAACCAUUUAUUCGUCGUUCUGCUAGUCUAUGUUCAUUGAACUAUUUGACCGAAAAGUUGAAAGGAACAAAUUUUAUGGCUGAUUCCCCAGCACUUGUAGGCUCAGAGAGAAGGCCAAAUACCUCAGUAGAUAGGAUCAUUGACGACUUUGAACCAGAGGCUGUGAUAGUCGAUAUCGAGGACGUCAUCGAAGAAACGGCUAGUCCCUUGAGAAGAGUUCAGCCUCAUCAGACUCCAGUUUACUCCGUAGCAGCCAGCGAAACGACUAGUAUAGCUGUACCUCUUGGUACGGUGACGUCUAGUCACGAACCAUCUCCAGCGAUUCUGAUGGAAGUCGAAGAUGAUCCGAACAGAGAACAUUGGGAGUCAAGAAACUGGAACUUGAGGACUGAUCUUUCCAUUCGGAAUUCUUCUGUUCCAGGCAACUGGCUUCCAUUCUGGGGUGAAAAGACACAUUUUUCAGCAUACGAUAAGACUAACCCAGAGUUUGAAGAAGAUCGGCAUCGAAGAUCAGAUCAUUGCUACCAACAUAUUUCCGAUCAAAAAACGUGGACGACUGUUGGUUGGAAUAAAACAACCAAGUAUCCAUCUGAUCGCUCCUUCGAAUUAACUCAGAACGAGCAAUUAUUCGAUAGUAACGAGGAAGAAUAUAAUUGCAUGAAUUUGAAGAGUGAAGUACGAGGUAUUCGUUUUGGGAGAAAUAACGAUGAUAAUGCAGACAAAACUUGGAUGAUGACUGAUGAAUGUAUUGAAGAUACACCUGUAUAUAAUGUGUCCAAAUCCGAAGAUAUUCCGACAAGAACUACGGGAACUAGAACUAUGGGAGAAAUGGAAGAACCAAUGCUAAGUUUUAUCAUAACGCGAUCGAAAUUAGCGACCUGUCGGUACAACCAGGAGUUGCCGUACGAGGAUAACGAGGAGCAAAGGAGCGAAAGGAAGGAGCUGAAAAGAGACGAGGAUGACAUUGACGACAAAAACGAUGGCAAGAAAGAAAUCCCCAAUGGAAACAGAAACGAAAGGAAUUUAAGCUUCUCUUAUCAUCAUCAAUCUGGAGCUGUCGAUAAUCACACUGUCGAUAAUCUAGGAAACUUUUCAGGAAGUUCUACUGUACCUUUGAAAUCUGAGUCGGAUUUCUUUCGGAAUAAUAAUGUUGGUGCAAGUGAAAUCUCAAAGGAGGAAAAGGAUAUUGAAGAAAAGUUCUGCAAAGAUAACAAAAUAUUUCCAUUACGUCAAUACGCUGACUUUAACGCAAUGAGAUGCUCUCACGAUUUUUCUUCCUCCAGUAUUAUUGAGAAUAAAUAUGGAAACAGUAAAGAAAUUCGAAAUACAGAAAUUUCGAAGGAAGAAGAGAUUGCGAUGAAAAAUCUGUCACUCGUAAAAGGAAUUGAAACAAUCCGAAAGACAGAGCAGAAACAAUAUCGUUCCUUUGAGAGGAUUUCAACACCGUUUAAGAAUGGUAAUCUGGAGUAUCGUGAACCAACCAUUAGAACGACGCCAUUAACUGUAUCGACGCAUCGCGGAGCACGUUGCGUCGAAAGAAUCAUCAUCAACGAAGAAACUCUAAAGAAGAUAGUCGUGCCUACAGCGAGCAGCGACAGUGCGAGCAGCUCGUCGAGAUCGAAAAAGGAUGAGCCUUCGAAUACUUCCAAUAAUCAUUCAGACUUGGAUGAAGCUUGUAACGACAACAACAAGCUUCCUCUUGAACUUGGCUCUCACGUUGUAAAUCAAAAUGUGAAUAAUGGCAUACGAGCGAAACAGAAAGCAGAAUCUACUUCUCGAAACGUUUUCAUAAAGACCAAACGUAUGAUAUUUUCACCUUUUCGUCGUGCUUCUCAUGAAAGAGAUAUCGAUGAAUCCACCUUGAAUCGAGUGGAAAGACCAAAGAGCAAGAGUAAGAGUAAAUCAAGAUCGGCAUCGCCCAGAACUUCGCGGCAUGAAACUGUGCCUCGAACGCCUCUGUCUCUUCCAUGGGCCCUUCGAUCUUCCUCGAAAGAGCCGGAAACAAAGGACGACGUUCCUUUUGAACGACGUGGAGAGGAAAGGUUCUGGUUUCAAAAAUAUCACAAGCGUACACGUUCAGGGGAAGAACGUGUUGUUCAGAACAGUAAAAUAAUAACUGAAAAAGAAGAAAAGAAAAUUAGUACCGAAAAGGUGGAAAUUAGUACAAGUACGCGUGAUAAAGAUAUUAAUAAAGAAGUCGCGUAUGUCGAAGAAAAGAAAGUAGUAGAGAAGAAAGAUGAGGGACAAAAAAAAGAUUAUAGAAAUCCUAUUGACGACGGUUACGAAGAAAUUAUAGUUCGAGAGACUGAACAGGAGCAUCAUUUAUCUGAAGUACCAAUUUUCGGGAUACAGGAAGAAGAUGAAACAGAACGUUCCACGAUAACGGAGGAUAAAUUGCCUUCAGAUCUUGUACACAAAUUACGGAUCCUUUCAAAUGCGGCGGCGAGAAGGGACGGCAGGAUUGGUAGUUGUAUUGCUACAACAGAGUCACGGAGCUCGAGAAUACAACGGGCAAAAGAGGGCUUCCUAUCGCGUCGUGGUGGUCCCUUAUGUCAAUCCAUGCUGGAGCCUUUGACACCCGUAACUUCAAAUCAAAAGGACGAUCCACCUUCCAUGGACGAUCACAAAGAUUUGACUUUGAAUAUCGAAAAUGUAAAUCGUGAAAAUACAAAUCGGGAUCCUUUAGUCGAUUGUCCGACUCAACCGUCAUCCGUUUCACGAUCACCAACCCUUUCUCAGAACUCGAAUUCCAAGUCUGAUUUGGUAAAAUCUGCUAGCGCAGGAAUGAUAAACGUCGAUCCAGAUACCUUUGGUCGACUUGCUAGUAGUAAUCGUGGGUGCGAAUCCUUACCACGAACGAUAUCGAAGCGACGAGAUUCUGAUGGACCCUUAGCAAGAAUAGUCAAUAAAUUAAGAUUUUCAAAAUUGAUGCGAGGUAAGGACAAUGAUGAUGGAAAUAUGAGUACGAUCUCCACGUUAUGUCGGCAAAGUUUACUUAUUGACGUUCGUUCCGAUCUCGAGGAAAACUAUGAAAACGAAGAUCAGUCGGACGAAGAAGAGGAUGAAAAUAGCAAGGAACGUCGGUGAGGCUAAAGCGGUAAGAAGAGGAAUCGAGAUUUAUGAUUGACGAUGUUUAACGAUUCGAUGGUGUUCUGUAAAUUAUAAUUAACUAUUUUAUCAAACAGAAAUGAAUGAAACGAAGAGCUAAGUAUAUCUAUUCAUCUUCAUAAUCUACUAUUUUCAUACAUUAAUGAUGCUUAAAGAAGAGGAAUUUAAAUAAUAAAUGACACGAGAUAUUUUAGUAGUUCUAGAUUUUAUUUUAAAAGUAUAUCGAUAUGUUGAAAAUGUCUUCUUAAGUAUUGAUUUAUCCAUAUUUAAUAAUCAAUAAGUAAUCCUUUCGUUACUGGACGGAUUCGUAUUCAUCAUCUUUUGAGAAAAACUAUAAAAAGAAAUUGAAAAUGCAACUCCAUGCAAGAUCCAUGAGAGAAACGAUAAAACGAACGCGUGCACAAUACAAUUACACGUCCGAGAUUGUGAACGAUCUAAAUAGAGUUUACGAAGCAGUAGAGUAAAAAUAGAAAGGAAAAAACAGAAAGAGAGAGAAAGAGAGAGUGAUCAUUAGCUUGGGUAAACACACGCGUAGGACGAUGCAGAGUUCGAGUGCUCGCUGGUGCAACGAGCGGUAAACAAGAAUGGCGGCUGAAGAGGGAUCCGGUCCUUCCGAGCCGGUGUUCGAUUAAAUGGGAUUAAUGUCCCUGGGGCAGUUUCGAGUGGCGAGAUACGCGCGUGUCGCGCGCAACCGGCUUUGCCGCGUGUUCCCUCUCCCCUUCCUCUUCCCCACUCUGUACCUUUCUCGUCCAUUCUUCUCACCCUUGGCUUGCUUCGUCAAUCCCCACUUUCCCACCAAUUCGACUUCCCUUACUCCUCGAUCAUUGGAUUCUUUUUCCUCGCGUUUUCGAGUCUCACUAACGUUCCACCAUUUUCUAAGCAAGGAAGAAGGAAGAAAAUUAAAUGCGUAACUAAGUAAUAGUGUAUAAUAGGAAAAGGUAUAAUGAUUGCACGUGAAUGAGCCAUGAAAAUCAAUUACAUCGAUCUAAGACAAAGGCAAAUGUGUUCUUCUAUAAGUUCUUCGAUCUAGUAAGGCGAAUUUCAUCGAUUUUCUGAUGAGUAAACAAAUCACUCGACAGAGCAUGCUAAGAUUUAUUCACGCGUAUAAUACGCCAAUUGUAUCCUCCCGUGACAUCGGAACCCCAAUUGUUUUGAACACUAUGGAAAAUAUUUUAUUUCAGUACGUUAUGACCUUUUUUUGGGCUCCAAUAACAAUUCAAAUGUUUAUUAUUAAUUAAAUGUCUUUUAAAUGUAACAUUUAACUGGAUAAAUAUUUCACAAAAAUUAUUUUAAAUAA